UUUUUUUUUUCUUUUCUUUUCUACUUUCCCCUUUUCUUUUUGUUAUCAAUCUAUUUUUCCCUCAAUCAUAUAUUCUACAUUUAUUUGUUAAACCAGUAUUUGAUGAUGAAUAUGGAUGACGAUCAUAAAGAAAAAUAUACAAAGUUGAAGAAGCGUAUUCGGGACAUUGAAAGGGAAAACGACUUUCUUCAUGUUCGAAUUCAUAAAGCACGAAAAAGUGUAAGACGACUACGAUUGGAACGAACAUUUUUAUUAGACCGGAUUGAAAAAAUCAAUCAUCAUUAUUCAGUGGAUGAAUCUGAAGACGAAGUUCAUUCUGACCAAGAACAUACCAUCAUACCGGUUACCAGUAGCAACCAUAGUAGUAAAACAAUCAAACCCAAGAAAAAGAAGGAUCCCAAUGCACCCAAAGGUCCUGGUAAUGUCUUCUUUUUGUUUUGUCGUCUACAACGGGAUAAGAUCAAGGAUGAACAUCCUGAAGAACGAAGUCUAGGUGAAGUGACAAAGUUAUUAAGUGCCAAAUGGAAAGGUCUUGAUAAAGAAGAAAAGAAGGUAUAUCAGGAUAUGUAUCAAAAGGAACUGGAAGAAUACGAAGUAGCAAUGAAAUCUUAUAAUAGUAGCAAUAAUCCUCAUGCUAUGGAUGAAGAUGUUAUAUCAAGUAGCGCUGCUCCUUCUCCUGCACCUUGAAUCCCAUCAUCCUCCUCAUCAUUAUCAACAAUAUUAACAAACGACAAAACAUCGGUCUUCCUCUUAGUUUAUUUGACAAUCAUGUUAUCAACUCUACCAUCCCACUCCUAGUUAUCGUUUACCUUAUUAUUUUAUUAUACUUCCCCUCUUUUUUUUUUUUCUCCACAAUUCUUUAUUUCCUAUUAUCUUUUUUUUUUAAUGUAGAUUUCUCUAUUUAUUAUGGCACUAUAUAUAUAUUCUUCUUUGUUUACUUGAAAUCACUUUCCAUACCUAGUAGUAGUACUCGCUUAUUAUUUUUAUUGUAUGAAUACUCUCCCCCCCCCUUCUCACCACCUUCCUUCCUUUCUCUUGAUCUUUGUAUAAAAACUCCCAUAUCUCAUCAAAC